AUGUACCAGCACAACUGUGCCGACGCGGUCAACCGUGGCGACUUUCUCGUCGGCAACUCCUCUCUCUUUGUCCACGCUUGGAGGCUCGAGGCGCAUGCUGGACAUGAUGCCUACGUUCGCCUGUGCAUCGAGGGGGUCCCUGUCCAUGGCUGGAACGAGUAUGUUGCCGCAUUCGUCAUCGGCCGUGGGUGCUCCCUCGACUACAUCAAGCAGAAGUCGCUACGCCGGGAGGAUACGCGCUACCUGGCGCUCUGGGCAUGGACGUCCAACCCUAACACCAUUCCAAAAGUGAAGUGGCUCACGCUGCCCGCCCGCGGUCACCGGCGCCGUGGCCGGCCCGGCCUGCGUCACCGCGUGCUGAUCCACCUUGACUUGCACGAGGACCACUCCAAGGCUCGUGACGACGACGACCCGCCGCCAGCUGACAUCUACGAGUUCACGUGGUUCCCCCGUAUGGUGGAUGGCACGACACGACGUGGUGACUGUCGUGCUAGACAGUCAUGA